AUGGGGGCCCUCUCUGACAGCUCAGAGCCCGGGGGGCUGCUAACGAUUCCUGCCUCCGACAGACCCACGUCACCGGACCUCGACCCGGCCCGGUUCUGCGCCCGCUUUACGUCAGCCUAUGAGCGCCGCUUCCCCACCUGCCACCUCAUCCCCAUGUUCGUGGGCAGCGACGUGGUGGAGGAGGAGACCAGCGAGGACGGCUCCUCCCACCGGGUGGAGCGCCGCUGUGCGCUGGACGUGGACGCGCCCCGCCUCCUCAAAAGGAUCGCGGGCGUGGACUACGUCUACUUCAGCCAGAAGAACACGCUGAACCGGAGGGACCGCACGCUGCACAUCGAGUCCCACAACGAGACCUUCUCCAACCGGGUCAUCAUCCACGAGACCUGCUGCUACUCGGUCCACCCGGAGAACGAGGACUGGACCUGCUUCGAGCAGACCGCCAGCCUGGACAUCAAGUCCUUCUUUGGUUUUGAAAGCACUGUGGAGAAGAUCGCCAUGAAGCAGUACGCCGGCAGCAUCAAGAAGGGAAAAGAGAUCAUCGAGUUCUACCUGAAGCAGCUGGAGGACGAGGGCAUCACCAGCGUUCCCCGCUGGACCUCCUCCUCCGACUGCCCGGCCCUCUCCAGGCCCACCAGCCUGGCCACCGGCCCCCCCGCCCCCCCCACACAGACCAGCACGCUCGCCGUUUCCGUCCCGCAGGCCGCCGACGCCAAAGAUGGCGGCUGCCAGGAAGCCAAGCAGGACGGCAGCUCGCAGCCGGCCGAAAACGCCAACGACAGCCUGGCUGGAACCCCAGAAGACAAGCUGGAUGCGGAUUACAUCAAACGCUACCUGGGCGACCUGACCCCCCUUCAGGAGAGCUGUCUGAUCAGGCUCCGCAAAUGGCUCCAGGAGACGCACAAAGGAAAGAUCCCCAAAGACGAGCACAUCCUUCGCUUCCUGAGGGCCAGAGACUUCAACAUUGACCGGGCCCGCGAGAUCCUGUGCCAGUCUCUGACCUGGAGGAAGCAGCACCAGGUGGACUACCUGCUGGAGACCUGGAACUCCCCACAGGUCCUGCAGGACUUCUACACGGGGGGCUGGCACCACCACGACAGAGACGGGCGUCCUUUGUACAUCCUGAGGCUGGGCCAGAUGGACACCAAAGGCCUGGUGCGCGCUCUGGGAGAGGAGUCUCUGCUCAGACAUGUGCUGUCCAUCAACGAGGAGGGCCUGAGGCGCUGUGAGGAGAACACCAAGGUGUUCGGGCGCCCCAUCAGCUGCUGGACCUGCCUGGUGGACCUGGAGGGGCUGAACAUGCGCCACCUGUGGCGACCGGGGGUCAAAGCGCUGCUCAGGAUCAUCGAGGUGGUGGAGGCCAACUACCCGGAGACUCUGGGCCGGCUGCUCAUCCUGAGAGCUCCGAGGGUCUUCCCCGUCCUCUGGACUCUGGUGAGUCCAUUUAUCGAUGAAAACACCAGGAAGAAGUUCCUGAUCUAUGCUGGCAAUGACUACCAGGGCCCGGGGGGCCUCGUGGACUACAUAGACAAGGAGAUCAUCCCUGACUUCCUGGGAGGAGAGUGUUUGUGUGAGGUUCCAGAGGGCGGCCUGGUGCCCAAAUCAAUGUACCGCACCAGCGAGGAGCUGGACAAUGAGGACGUCCGUCUGUGGACCGAGACCAUCUACCAGAGCGCCAGCAUCUUCAAAGGAGCUCCCCACGAGCUGGUGAUUGAGAUCAUCGACGCGGCCUCGGUGGUCACCUGGGACUUCGACGUGUGCAAAGGCGACAUCGUUUUCAACAUCUACCACUCCAAGCGCGCCCCCCAGCCCCCGCGCAAAGACCCCCUGGGGGCGCACGGCAUCAGCUCCCCGGGGGUCAACAACGUCCAGCUCAUCGACAAGUCCUGGACCCUGGGUCAGGACUACAGCAGGGUGGAGUCCCCCCUCACCUGCAAGGAGGGCGAGAGCGUGCAGGGCUCCCACAUAACGCGCUGGCCGGGCUUCUACAUCCUCCAGUGGAAGUUCCACAGCAUGCCGGCCUGCUCGGCCACCAACCUGCCGCGGGUGGACGACGUGCUGGCCACCCUGCAGGUGUCCUCGCACAAGUGCAAAGUCAUGUUCUACACCGAGGUGCUGGGGUCCGAGGACUUCAGGUCGGUACCCAGAGGCCCAUUCCCCAAUCUCUGA